CCACCCUCGACCGCUUCCCCAUCGUGCACGGAUGAUCAGGAAGGUGCGAAAGUUUGGCUUCGCGCGUUUGAAGACGCCAAAACCGUUUCGAAAAAAAUCGAACUUACUUUCUCUCGCAGUUCUGGUCCCGGAGGGCAGAAUGUCAACGAGAUGGAAACCAAGGUUUCUGCGCGCUGUCGUGUAGAGGCACCUUGGAUAACGAUAUGGGGGCGCGAGAGUCUCGUGAGGACUCCAUACUACAUCGGAACAUUGUAUUUUUUACUGGUGUCAUCUAGCGCGUCUCGUUCGCAAGCACAAAACAUUGGUGAUUCCCUUGGCAAAGUC